AUGCCAAUAUUAUCAGCAACAUGUUUGGUUUUGUACAUCAUUCUUGUUGUUAUUUGUGCCAUAGGAGUGAUAAAGAAGAGGAAAAGUGGACAUCUUCAAUCACGUACCAUCAGUGGUAUUGUAGUUACACUAACAGGGAGUUUUAUCUAUGUAUCUGUUACUCUUCUCCGUUUUACGGUUGGUAGAUCUAGAUUUCCCUGUAUGAUAUUUAGUAUUGUUAGCUAUUCAAUUCCUCCUUGUUUUGCAAUGCCUUCAAUAUUGAGGUGUUUGCGAUUAGUAUUUCAGCACAGAUUCAAUUUGAUAAAGACAAACACUUUAUCAAGCUCCUAUUGCAUGCAACAAGAACAACAGAACACAGAGAGCUUGUUUAUUCAAGCCAAACAAAAUUCCAACAAUAGUAAUAACAACAGUAUAUCAACUAGUAAUAGGAAUGUCAAUUCAUCAGUCAUGACAUCUGUUGUGGAAACUUUUGAAAAUAAUCAAGUUAUAGCUCGUGAAGAGAAUACGACAAGAGAGAAAUUCAUCAUCAAGGCACACUCCAUUCUCACCAACAAUACAGCAUCUCUCAUAGUAUUUUGGCUUUCCAUUGGAGUCCAACUCUUUCUGUGGUUUGUGCUUAUGGUAGUAGAGGAUAGCUUUUUCCAAAAUGAACAUUACUUUAUGGAUGGAGCACUCUUGAUUUCACUUGGAAAAGGAUGUGGGUUAGGGUUUCCCUCAACUCUAUUUGUUGUGGGAAUUAGUAUUUGCUAUUUUAUUGUGGAAUUUAUUGCUAUUGGACUUUGCUUUACUGUUGACAAUGAUACUUGGCAUAUUAAGAGGGAAGUUUUCCUUUUGGUUGCCACUCAAAUCUUGACUGCAGUAAUCUUUACAUUUUUAAGUGUUGCUUCAGUGGUAGAGAUUGUGGACUAUUUCGUUCCUUCUGGAUUUGUAGUUGCAGCUUACAGUACAUUCGAGUUGGUUCUCACAAUUUUAAUUCCUAUAAUUAGAGCCAUCCAUGCAGAUUCAAAAGAAAAAAGAGAAUGUGAUUCAGAAAUUGAAAUGAUAAUUUCCAAUAAGGAAACAUUUCAAAUAUUCUUGGAUUAUUUGAGAAAGUCGUUUUGCCCUGAAAAUUUGCUGUGCUAUGCUGAUAUUGAGAAAUAUAAACGUGAAACAGCAUUAAGGCAAAGAAAGAAAAUUGCACACCGAAUGGUAAAGAAAUACUUGUACGAAGAUUCACCUUUCCAAUUGAAUUUGCCCUCUGAUCUCUAUUCUGUAAAGACCGUAAUUAUGGACAAUAUUAGUUUUGCAGAUAAUCAAAAUGCAUUAACAGAUGAUUUAUUUGCCGAUAUUCAACUUCACGUGCUGAGCAACUUGGUAGAUUCCUAUUCAAGACUCAAAUUCUCUAACAAGACCAUUCAGAAAGUUUCAAAUGAUUGGAAUGCAAAGCAAAAGAGGCUAUCACCAAGAUCUCCAAUGAUCAGUUUAUCAUCCAUGACUUCGUUAAAACUUUAG